AUGAAUGCUAAUAAAGAUGAGAAGCCAAGGUCAAGAAGUCAAGAUCUUCACCUUCUUCAUGUUUGGAUGAUGCUAAUCAUGUCUGUGCUGUUUCUUCCCGUCACUGAAACAUCUAAACAAAAUAUUCCAAGGCUGAAGCUAACCUACAAAGACUUGCUGCUUUCAAACAGCUGCAUUCCAUUUUUGGGUUCAUCGGAAGGACUGGAUUUCCAGACUCUUCUUUUAGAUGAGGAGAGGGGCAGGCUGCUCCUAGGAGCCAAGGACCAUGUCUUCCUGCUCAGUCUGGUCGACUUAAACAAAAACUUUAAGAAGAUUUAUUGGCCUGCUGCUAAGGAAAGAGUGGAACUGUGUAAAUUAGCUGGAAAAGAUGCCAAUACAGAAUGUGCAAAUUUCAUCCGAGUUCUUCAACCCUAUAAUAAGACUCAUGCUUAUGUGUGUGGAACUGGAGCAUUUCAUCCACUAUGUGGAUAUAUUGAUCUUGGAGUCAACAAGGAGGAACUCAUAUUUAAACUAGACAUGCACAGCUUGGAGUCUGGCAGGCUGAAAUGUCCCUUUGAUCCUCAGCAGCCUUUUGCUUCAGUAAUGACAGAUGAGUACCUCUACUCUGGAACAGCUUCUGAUUUCCUUGGCAAAGACACUGCCUUCACCAGAUCCCUUGGGCUGACACAUGACCACCAUUACAUCAGAACUGACAUUUCUGAACACUACUGGCUCAACGGAGCAAAAUUUAUUGGAACAUUCCCUAUUCCAGACACCUAUAAUCCAGAUGAUGAUAAAAUAUAUUUCUUCUUUCGGGAAUCAUCCCAAGAAGGCAGUACAUCAGACAGAAGCAUUCUUUCAAGAGUUGGGAGAGUGUGUAAGAAUGAUGUGGGUGGGCAACGAAGUCUGAUAAACAAAUGGACCACUUUUCUUAAAGCCAGACUGAUUUGCUCAAUUCCUGGAAGCGAUGGAGCAGAUACUCAUUUUGAUGAACUCCAAGACAUUUAUUUACUCCCUACGAGAGAUGAAAGAAAUCCCGUAGUAUAUGGAGUCUUUACCACAACCAGCUCCAUCUUCAAAGGCUCCGCUGUCUGUGUGUACAGCAUGGCUGACAUCAGAGCAGUUUUUAAUGGCCCAUAUGCUCACAAGGAAAGUGCAGACCAUCGUUGGGUCCAGUAUGAUGGAAGGAUACCUUAUCCCCGACCCGGGACGUGUCCAAGCAGAACCUAUGAUCCGAUGAUUAAAUCCACCCGAGACUUUCCUGAUGAUGUCAUCAGUUUCAUUCGGCGGCAUCCGGUGAUGUAUAAGUCGGUGUACCCAGUGGCAGGAGCACCAACCUUCAAGAGAAUCAAUGUGGACUACAGACUGACACAGAUAGCGGUGGAUCACGUGGUCGCUGAAGACGGACAGUAUGAUGUCAUGUUUCUCGGAACAGACAUUGGAACGGUGCUCAAAGUUGUCAGCAUUUCCAAGGAAAAGUGGAAUAUGGAAGAGGUAGUACUAGAGGAGCUCCAGGUGUUCAAGCACCCAACAGCCAUAUUGAACAUGGAGUUGUCACUGAAGCAGCAACAGUUAUAUGUUGGCUCCUGGGAUGGACUGGUUCAGCUCUCCUUGCACAGAUGUGACACUUAUGGGAAAGCGUGUGCGGAUUGUUGUCUUGCCAGAGACCCCUACUGUGCUUGGGAUGGAAAUGCUUGCUCAAGAUAUGCACCCACUUCCAAAAGGCGAGCUAGACGCCAGGAUGUAAAGUAUGGGGACCCAAUCACUCAGUGCUGGGACAUAGAAGAUAGCAUUAGUCAUGAAACAGCUGAUGAAAAGGUGAUUUUUGGAAUUGAAUUUAAUUCCACUUUUCUAGAAUGUAUACCUAAAUCCCAGCAAGCCUCUGUUAAGUGGUACAUACAGCGGUCAGGUGAUGAGCACCGUGAGGAGUUGAAACCCGAUGAAAGGAUCAUCAAAACAGACUAUGGGCUACUGAUUCGAAGUCUGCAGAAGAAGGACUCUGGGAUGUAUUACUGCAAAGCACAGGAGCACACUUUCAUCCACACCGUAGUAAAGCUGACUUUGAAUGUCAUUGAGAAUGAACAGAUGGAAAAUACCCAAAGGGCAGAGCACCAGGAGGGGCAGGUCAAGGAUCUAUUGGCUGAGUCACGGUUGAGAUACAAAGACUACAUCCAAAUCCUUAGCAGCCCAAACUUCAGCCUGGACCAGUACUGUGAACAGAUGUGGUACAGGGAGAAGCGGAGACAGCGCAACAAGGGCGGCCCAAAGUGGAAGCACAUGCAGGAAAUAAAGAAGAAACGAAAUCGACGGCAUCACAGAGACCUGGAUGAGCUCCACAGAGCUGUAGCUACAUAG